CGGCACCUCCACUACACCUUACACGAAGGAGGAGGAGGAGGAGAUGGCCGCCAUCCUGCAGGAGAGAAAGGAGAAGAAGGAAGCCAAGAAGAAGGCCCUGCAGGAGGAGCAGGUGACAAAGUUGAAAAAGAUAGGAGGAGAUGGCGAGAGAAAAAAAGAGGUUGAAGAAGGAAGAAGAGAAGUUGAAGGCGGUGGAAGAGGAAGAAGAAGAUGAACCGCCACUGCAAGGGAGGAGAGGGCAGCACAGUGGCAGCAAAGAUGAGGAGAUGGAGAAACGGAUUUCAGAGUGGGUCGCCAACUUAUCCCUGGGCGAAGAGGAAGAGGUAACUAUGUACAUCCCCAAGGAUGAGCAGGAAGCCGCUAUGAGAAAAUGGGAAGCAGAAGCAGAUGUCCUGAAGCGGCAGGCGAUGGUAGAUGAAACGAGGAUGGAGUGGAAACUCGCAAUGAUGAGAGAGAAGAAGAAAAGAGUGGACGAGGCGAGCGAAGCGGUCAAGGAUCAGGAGGAGGUGCAGAAACUGACUCUACGAUUGACCCCCCAGGUAGACCUCCAACAAAAGGUAGAGAUCAUUGCCCAGAGUGUUGAACGUUUACCCAGAAUGCAAGAACAGCAAUAUGAGUUUAGCCGAAGCCAGGAUAUAGCUGUGCGUUCAAUGCGAAUGGGAUUUUGGGACUUUGCCCGCGAGCUGGUAGGUGCUGUAAGAGCCGAGGUGAAUCAUCGCCUCGAGAAGACUGAGCGCUUUUGCGUGGGCGCCAUCAAGGGCGUCAAGGUGGCAGCUCCCAAGGAGGAAGAAGCGCGUCCUCGUAGGGAGCCGGUCAAAGUCAAAUUCCCUGAUUCCUACAGUGGAAAAAGGGAAGAGAACUUUGACAACUGGGAGGCCAACGUCAAUACCUAUGUGCAUCUGCAACAGGUCGCCCCAGAUCAGCACGUGUUGAUUGCGAUUCAUGCGCUUAGAGACGAGGCCGCCAGUUUCGCAAGGUCCCUAGUCAGCGCGACCAACUGGAACAACGAUGCGGUGGCCUGUUCAUCGUUCACUCCCCUCGUUGACUUCAUGAAAUUGCUGGGCGAGCGAUUCGCUGAUGUCGCUCGCAGUGUCAAGGCCUCAGAUAAGCUCCAAACAAUCCAUGCUCAUCACACGGUCAACUUCCACUGGCGGACUCUUAGCUUUCAUGACGCCUUCGGCGCGGAAGUGGUGUGUACUAUUCCUCUACUGCACCCUUCGAUUCGGUGCCAAGUGGUGACGGCCAAAUCAUUCCGGGCGACUUGCGCUUACGAGCAGCCCGAGGAAAUCGGCCUAUGUUUCCUACAGACUGUCGCGGCAGCCGACUCUUCACCCACGGACUUGUCUUCGGACCCCCGUGUGGUGCGGUUGCUGGACGAGUUCGCCGACAUCUUCGAGUCACCUACCGGUGUGGUGCCGGAUUGGCCGAUCUCUCACGAGAUCAUUUUUGCGGCUGGUGUUGUGUCGCCGAAAGGUUGCAUUUAUCGGAUGAGCGAGGAGGAGCUUGAGGUCCUCCUCGCACAACUCGACGAUUUGUUGGCCAAGGGCUGGAUCCGCCCUAGUAGCUCCCCAUAUGGAGCACCAGUUCUCUUCGUCCGGAAGAAGAACAAGGAUCUACGAUUGUGUAUCGACUACCGCAAGCUCAACGCGCAAACCGUCAAGAAUGCGGGGCCUCUUCCUCGUAUCGACGAUCUUCUUGAGCGAUUGGGCGGCGCAAGGUAUUUUUCUAAGUUGGAUUUGAAAUUGGGAUAUCAUCAAAUCUCGAUCCGGCCGAAUGAUCGCUACAAAUCCGCGUUCAAGACGCGGUAUGGGCAUUUUGAGUGGGUGGUCAUGCCUUUUGGCCUCACCAACGCCCUACCGACCUCUCAAGCGGCAAUGACCAACGAGUUUCGUGCAAUGUUGGACCGGUUCAUGCUGGUCUACUUAGAUGAUAUUCUCGUCUAUAGCCGGACUUUGGAGGAUCAUCUUGGGCAUCUUCGACGAGUGUUGGAGGCCCUCAGCCGCGUCAAGUACAAGGCCAACCGCGACAAGUGCGAAUUUGUCCGGCAAGAGCUGGAAUGCUUGGGCCAUUUUGUCACACCGGAGGGCAUCAGUCCGCUAUCGGACAAGUUUCAAGCCAUCCAAGAGUGGUGGGAACCUCGGAACGUCUCGGAUGUCCUUUCGUUCCUUGGCCUUGCCGGCUACUACCAGCGUUUUAUCAAAGGUUACUCGAAGAUCGCGGCCCACUUGACCAAGCUUCAAUGCGAGGAUCGAUCGUUUGACUUUGGAGAGGAGGCUCGGGAAUCAUUUUUGGUUAUCAAAGCUGCGCUAUUACGUGCGGAGGUCUUGGACCAGAGCCUUCUUGAGGGGCUUUGUUUGCCCAGAACAGACCAAGGUGGCAACCGUUCUGGGACUGCUGGAGGGGCUACUUCAACCUCCAGCAGUCUGCAGCAAACUAUGGAGGACUGGGCUUUGGGACUGGGAGUGGACAGGCUUCUGCAGGCUUUGGAAGACCGCUUUGCAGACAAGGAGCGGGCCCACAAAAAUGCUGACAGGAUUGCUCGCCUGGGACAGCAGCGCUACAGCGGCUCCCUGCAAUCCUUGUUUGCAGAGUCCGAGCAGCUGACUUCCACACCAGGACUGGUGAUGUCUGCAGAUGACCUGCUGGCAAACUUCUGCAGGGCAGCCCCUGAGAAGUUUUCAGUUGCAUUGUACAGCGCUGGACACAAGGACUGGAGGUCCUUUCGCCGCGCAGCCCUGGACAUCGAGGCAAAGAUUCAUGUUCAGGCCCCAUCCUCUGAUAGGAGGAAAGGUGCCUUCCCUAGAGGUGGUAGAAAAGGAAAGGCAGCCUUCACUCAUGCGGGAUCUGCAUCAGGUUCAGAUUCUGCUGACGUGGCACUGCUGAAGUGAUACUGCACUGUCAUGACCCUGCUGCCGUCCCCUGCAACUGACGUGGCACUGCAACUGUCGUGGCCUGCUGACGUGGCACUUACCAAGCCGAGAAAACAGACAGGGGGCUGGGUGGGAGGGAAACGCAGGCAAACCACCAAACUGCAAUUUCCAUGCCGGUCCUAAUCAACAGAAUAAAAUAAAAAAAAAUAAAGAAAAGAAGCGGAUCACCCUUUUUUUUUUUCUUUUUUUUUUUGUAUAUCUGUCGAUCUGUUAUCAGUGAGGCAUUUUACGAACAAUGCUAUGAGUGAGAUUUAGGCAAGGUAGGAUAAAGGCUCGAUUUUCAGCAAAAUAAUAAAUUCCGUUUCCGAGA